CAGCUGCACGAGACAAACAGCAGCAAUUAUUCCGCGGAAAAGAUCGCGCAACACCAAACAUACGGCAAAUCAGCAUCGCGAGCGCUGAGAACAAACAAGCUGAGAUUUCAUACUCCCAUUUAAUUCUCUUGCACAAGGAGAAGAAGAAGUAUAGAAACACUGACAUCUCCAGCAGGUAUACACGGAGCUUGGAGUGCAUUGUGAUAUGGAGAUGCGAAGAUAUGAGGAGGUUUAAAAACGGCACGAGUGGAAUAACGUUUUAACGGCACUUCAUUUACGGACUACUUAAACGUAGAUUUUAUCUAGUGAAAAGGACUUAAAAUUGGGUUACCUCAGCAUUUUAAUUAUUAUUAUUGUUGCUCUCAGAGCUUUUUCCUCGUCACAUUUAAGGAAACUCGCUCAGGAUAUUGACAAUGUUGACAGCUCCGCAGAAACGAAUGUGAAAUAAGGAACCCUUUAAUUUAGCCUGGGACUGGACUGGUAAAACGCCGCAUUAUUGUCUUUCCAUCCCGUUCUCUUCAUGUUUGAGGAGUUUUUGGACACCGAAAGUCGACAAGAAAUCGACGAAAGUCAGUUACGCGGAUUCCGUAACAGUUCACUCGGGUAAAACAGUCAUUUAUUAAGCCUCGAUACUGUCGUUUGAGCCUCGUUACUUCUGCAGAUGUGCUCUGAUUCAAUUCUAACCUUCGUGUAGGGUGUUGAUGGAGAGGCUUUCGAAUGACAGCCGGGACAGUGGUUAUUACAGGUGGAAUUCUAGCUACAGUAAUCUUACUGUGCAUUAUCGCGAUACUGUGCUAUUGUAGGCUGCAGUAUUAUUGCUGUAAGAAGGAGGAGUCGGAGUCAGAGGAGGAGGAGCCUGACUUCGCCGUCACGUCCCGCCUGCCGGCGGAGCAUUCAAACCACAACAUCCUGGCGGCCACAGUCCCCACAGCAACCACCCCCAAUGGGCCUGGCCUCUUCACGCCACCUCGGGCUCGAAAACUGACACGCUCGCAGACCUACUGUCCUUGUACGCAUUAUGAUCUGCCCUUUUACCUGCAACAACCCGAGGGCCUGCGGAAUGGCGGUGAACGCAUUAGCUACCGCAGCGUGCAUCAGCAAUAUUUGGGGCUGCCCACUCCAAUACCCACUCCGCUGCCAACCUCGAUGCCCACCCAGCUGCCAACACCACUACCCAACUACCACAAACUAAACCUCAGCCGCUCGGUCACCAUGAGGGAAAUGUUCCAACGGAGUUGCAGCAUUAGCACUGACGUCUAGAAAGUCUUGCAACUUAGACUGGACAUCCAAAUGAUGAGCUCUGGCAACAGAUUUAAAUGUCAAACAAUGUACUUCAGUGUUUCAUAAAACUCUGUCUUUUGCCUGCAUAAAGUCAAUGGACUCAAGAAAAUUACUAGAGUGUCAAGUUUUCAGGAAGACUCCUAGUGCAUUUGUUUGUAAUACGGCCGCACAGCUAUUGUUAAUGCUGCUAAAGAACUACAAGGGCAAAAUAGGAUGAGAUGGAAGAUUCAGACCCCUUUGCCCUACUUCUACCCCUCUGUUUUAGUUCUCUUUCCCUAGUUUUUGUUUUUGUUUUUUUGUUUUCUAACUGGAAAGACUCUGACUAAAAGACACAAGGAGAUGACUGUUUUUUAUGCUUUCCUUGCAUUCAAGACACACCAAUACAAGGAAACUGCUGACAUUUACCAUUUUGAAUAUACAGUCUAAAUUGAAACUUUUCUAAUGUUCAUGUGGCUUAUGUAUUGAAUUGAAUUUAGCUGAAUUAUAGCUUAAAAAACUGCUACCAACAUUGAUUUAUCAAACCAACAUAUUCUGAAAGUCUUGGGUGGGCUGCAAUACAACUGCUGAAUUUAAACAUGAUAUAAGCAGAACAUUACAUAAUGUAUUAGAGUUUGAUUAUGAGGAAACAUAACGGGAUGAGAGGCGUUAUUUUUUACUGACAAAAGUUUUGGGGCACCACUCUGUGUGCUAAUAUAAAUAUUAAUUGAUGUUUUUCAAAAAUGCUAAAUAUUUGUUCUGUUUUGGAUGUUUAAAUAAUUUGUUCUGCUUUAUUCACUUUUCUGGUUUCUAAAAGGUUCAGAUUUUUGGUUCAUCCAAAAUGAAAAUUCUCUCAUCAUUUACUCACCCUCAUGUCAUCCCAGAUGUGUUAAAC